CCUCGUGUGCCAGGGAGUAGGCAGGAGGAGGAUCGCCGUGGGGAGGCUGUCCCCUCCCAGUGCUCUUCUGGUUGGUGUUCCCAGGGUCCUCGGCCCGGGAGGAUGGUGAACACAUGGGUGGCUGCUUCUGCAUCCCCAGGGAGCCGAGUCUGUCCUGGGGUCCAGGGAAAGAAACUCUUCCCAAGGAUCCAGCUGUAUCGAGUGAGUUUAUAGCCUCAUCUGAAGACAGGGAAAAAUGUUUCCUGCUACAGGACAUGAGUCCAGACCUGACGCUCUCCUUCAGCGUGAAGAGCCGCUCCGGGAGGUGUGUGAAUGGCCCCUUGCAGGAAGCAGCCAGGAGGCGGCUCUGGGCGCUGGAGAAUGAGGACCAGGAGGUGCGUGCGCUGUUUAAGGACCUCUCGGCCAGGUUGGUGGGCAUCCAGUCCCAGAAGGCCCAGUUUCUCCUAACCUUCAAGACCAUGGAGGAAAUCUGGAAGUUCUCCACCUACCUGAACUUAGGCCACGUGUCUGCGUGUCUGGAGCAGCUGCUCUUCGACCACAAGUACUGGCUCAACUGCAGGUUGGUGGAGGACACAGAGAUCCAAGUGUCCGUCGAUGAGAAACACCUGGAAACAAUCUACCUGGCACUCCUGAUGCAGGAAGGCCACUUCUUCUGCAGAGCCAUGUGCGUGGUGGCUCAGCCAGCUGACAAGGAAGGGGAGGGUCUGACGCUCUGCAAGGACGAGUUACUCUCAGUGAAAACAGCCGAAGGCAGGUCCGAGUGGGAAGGCAUGUCCUUGGUGACCGGUCAGCGGGGCCUGGUGCCGGUGUCAGCCCUGGAGAUUCUGCCGCUCCCUUUCCACCAGUGGUUCCUAAAGAAUUAUCCAGGAAGCUGUGGUCUUUCCAGAAACAGGGACUGGACGGGCUCCUAUCAGAUUGGGCGAGGAAAAUGUAAGGCCUGGAAGGAUUAUGAGAGGGAAGCAAAGGAUGAGCUGAAUUUCCACCGGGGAGAGAGCAUCGAGAUCAUUGGCUUCGUCAUCCCUGGGCUUCAGUGGUUCAUUGGGAAGUCGGCGUGCUCAGGAGCCGUGGGCUUUGUCCCCACCAGGAGCAUAGACCCCGAUUCUUACUCCCCCAUGAGCAAGAACUGUGCCUUUUUCAGUGAGGAGGAACGAAGCUCUCUGGGAGCCCUGGGGAGUGACAGGGAAGCCGAGUGUGCCGGCUUCCUCCACACGCUUGCUCACACGGACAUCACGUCUGUCUACCGGCUUAGUGCGUUUGAAUCCAUCCAGAACCUUCCACAUGAUCUGAGUGCGUCCCAGCCCGAGGGCUUCAAGGAGGCCCGGCCUGGCGGGGCCUGGGAGGAGCAUCGGGCCACGGGCUCCCGACGGUCCAGCAGCUCCGAGGACUCCAGCCUGGAGGAGCUCCUCUCUGCCGGCUCAGACAGUUACCACCUGCCCGAGCCAGACGACCUUGAUGACCCGGAACUGCUCAUGGACCUGAACUCGGGUGGGGCAGAGGAGGAGGCUGAGCACUUCGCCCCCAUGUUGGCCUUCCUGAAUCACGAGGGUUACGCCGACCACUUUAAGAGCCUCUACGAUUUCUCCUUCUCUUUCCUCACAUCUUCCUUCUAUAGCUUCUCCGAGGAGGACGAGCUGGUGGUCUACCUGGAGGCCUCAAGGAAGUGGGCCAAGCGGAGCCACAUGACCUGGGCCCAUGCCCGGCUCUGCUUCCUCCUGGGCCGGCUGAGCGUCAGGAAGGUCAAGCUCUCUCAGGCCAGGGUGUACUUUGAGGAGGCCAUCCACAUUCUCAGUGGGGCAUUUGAGGACCUGUCCUUGGUGGCUGCUCUGUACAUCAAUCUGGCGGCCAUCUACCUGAGGCAGAGGCUAAGGCAAAAAGGCUCGGCCCUGCUGGACAAGGCCGGGGCCCUGCUGGCCUGCCUGCCUGACCGUGAGUCGAGUGCCAAGAACGAGCUCGAAGUGGUGGCCUACGUGCUGCGCCAGGGCAUUGCGUCCGGCAGCUGCCCCCUGGAGGCCAGGGCCUGCUUCCUGGCCAUCCGAUUGCUCCUGAGCCUCGGCCGGCACGAGGACGUCCUGCCCUUCGCUGAACGCCUGCAGCUUCUCUCUGGACACCCUCCCGCCUCGGAUGCUGUGGCCACCAUCCUGAGCUUUCUGUAUGAUAAGAAAUACCUUCCACACCUUGCAGUGGCCUCUGUCCGGCAGCGUGGUCCCCAGAGUGCCCACAGGAUGUCCCUGCUGAUCUGGCAGAUCCACCUGGUCCUCCAGAAUGCCUCCAAGCUCCGUGGUGUUACCUCCUCAAGCGGGAAUGAAGUGUCCACCCUUGCUUGUCCGGCGCUCAGGCAGGCGCUGGCUGUCUGCGAGCAGCAGGCGGAUCAGCGAACCCAGAGGGCCCUGUGUCUCAUCCUGUCCAGAGUGUACCUCCAGCACAGGUCUCCUGAGGGUGCCAUUCACUACCUGAGCCAAGCCUUGAUGCUCGGGCAGCUGCUGGGUGAGCAGGAAGCCUUUGAGUCUUCCCUCUGCUUGGCAUGGGCCUACCUCUUAGCCAGCCAGGCGAAGAAGGCUUUGGACAUCCUCCAUCCACUCCUACACUCCCUGAAGGAGACAGACAAUGUUACCCAAAAGGGGGUGGUCCAUAACCUUCUGGGACUUGCACUUCAAGGUGAAGGCCGGGUGAACAGAGCCACCAAGAACUAUCUCCGGGCCUUGAACAGAGCCCGGGAGAUGGGGGAUGUGCGUAACCAGGCAGUGACUUUGGCCAAUCUUGGCCACCUGUCCCUUAAGUCCUGGGCUCAGCAUCUAGCCCGAGACUACAUCCUACAGGCCAUCCAACUCUAUUGUAAGCUGCAGGCCAGUGUGGAGACAGACAUGGAAUUAGUACAGGUGCUUCUUUGGUUGGCCCAGGUCCUGGUGUGCGAACGCCAGCUGGCCAGUGGCCGCCUUUGCUAUGAAAUGGCAUUGCUGUUUGGCUUAAGGCAUCGACACCUAAAGAGUCAGCUUCAGGUCACCAAAUCCCUCUGCCAUUUCUACAGCUCUGUGUCCCCAAGCCCCGAGGCAUGCAUCACCUACCACGAGCACUGGCUGACUCUGGCUCAGCAACUCAGGGACCGGGAGAUGGAGGGGCAGCUGCUGGAGUCCCUCGGGCAGCUCUAUCGGAACCUAAACACGGCCAGGUCCCUCAGGAGGUCCCUCACCUGCAUCAAAGAGAGCCUGCGUAUCUUCAUUGACCUGGGGGAGGAAGACAAGGCUGCUGAGGCCUGGCUCGGGGCUGGGCGACUCCACUACCUCUUGCAGGAAGACGAGCUGGUGGAGCUGUACUUGCAGGCAGCCACCCAGAAAGCCCUGAAGUCAGAGGAGCCCUCCCUGGCCCUGAGGCUCUAUGAAGAAGCAGGCGAUGUGUUCUUCAAUGGGACCCGCCACAGGCAUCGCGCGGUGGAGUAUUACCGAGCUGGGGCCGUUCCUCUAGCAAGGAGGAUGAAGGCGGUGAGAACCGAGCUCCGGAUUUUCAACAAGCUGACGGAGCUGCAGAUCAGCCUGGAAGGCUAUGAUAAGGCUUUGGAAUUUGCCACCCUGGCAGCCAGACUCAGCACAGUCGCAGGAGAUCAGAAGCAGGAGCUGGUGGCCUUUCACCGUCUGGCUACGGUGUACUACUCCCUGCACAUGUAUGAGAUGGCUGAGGACUGCUACCUGAAGACGCUGUCCCUCUGCCCAGCCUGGCUGCAGAGUCCCAAGGAGGCCCUGUACUACGCAAAGGUGUAUUACCGCCUGGGCCGACUCACCUUCUACCAGCUGCAGGAUGCCCAUGAUGCCACUGAGUACUUCUGGCUGGCCCUGGCAGCAGCGGCCCUGCUGGGUGACGAGGAGCUGCAGGACACCAUCAGGGGCAGGCUGGACAGCGUCUGCCAGAGCCCCCUGUGGCUCAGCAGCCCCUCCGGCCGCUCCUCAGAGAGGGCGCGGUGGCUGAGCGGCGGGGGCCUGGCCCUCUGAGGACAGCUGUCCCGUCUCGGACCAGUUGCCAUGGCCAGAAGCUGCUUCCCUGCCUUAGGCUCCUGACACUAAUUGGAGGGUCUGAAUCGUCACCUGGCCCAGCCCUCUCAUUUGACAGCGGGACGAAUGCAGUCCUAGGGAGAGGAGCUCAUUCUGGGCUGGCCACACACGCAGUGGGCGAUGGAGCUGUGGCAAGGAGUCCUGGCUUCGGGUCCAGAGCCAUUCCAGCAGACGGUGGCCCUUCCACACGUGUGGCCUCGGACGUGCCCCUUCUCGGCACACAGUUCUCCCGGAGAAAAGGAGAAACCGGCCCAAGGGAAACCUUGUUCCUUUCCUGGGAUCAGGAACUGCACUGGAGAGAAAGCAAGCGGACUGACUUGUCCCUCGCGGACUUUGCUCAGGGAAAGACCCUCCACUUGCCAAUGGAGAAACGGGACCGGCAGGGGCCCAUGACCAUGCUCCUAGCCCAAAAGACAGUCUCAGAAUGGCCCUGGAGGGCGUGGAACACCAUGGGUUCACUGUCUCCAUCCUGCCGGGGCUCCGCUGCCCCACAACCUCCCCGGAACCCUGGGAAGCCUCCCGAGGGCCAGGGCAUACCAACUGAGCG